GAUCUGGAGAGAACCAGUGCGAGGCGUAGACUGCGGGGACGAGCCAGCCGAUUGGCUUUCCAACGUACUCUACAAUGGCAAGGAAAAAGUCCGUCUUAUAUAUAAAGCUGACGCUAUGAAGAGAAGGCCUCCCCGUCGACUGACCUACUAUGACUUCCCACAAAUCAGAGACACUGAUACCCUAUAUUACGCAGACACCAGCGCUUUUCUCGUUACAUCACAAUCUUCACUGGAAGAUCUUAACCACCGACUAACUCAGCCUAUCAAGAUGGAUAACUUUCGUCCAAACAUCGUACUGAGUGGAGGACCUCCAUUCCAGGAGGAUGAGUGGCUUUACAUAAGGAUUGGCAGAGCUGUCUUCAGGAAAAUAAAACCCUGUGAGAGGUGUCUGUUGACAACAGUGGACCCAGAUAGUGGUAAACGGCAUCCAAUUCAAGAGCCGCUGACAACACUGCGCUCGUAUCGCCUUUUAGAGCAACCUUCUGACUUGGCCAAGGUUUGGGCCACCAAGCCAGUGUUUGGGAAUCACUUUGCUAUCGAUGUUCAAGGACCAGUUGCAGUUGGGGACAAGGUGUUUGCUGCCACUGCUACAGCAAAUCCUUCUUUUUCCAUUUUCAAUUGAAUAAGUAGAUUUUCUAUAUUUUGCAUAUGUAUAAAUAUUUGGAUAUGGUGAAUUAAUGAUAAAGUAACUGGCAAUAUGAAUAGUUAGAAAAUACAUUGUAGAGUGAACACCUUUGAACUAACUCUGCUCAAUGUCUGCAAAAAAAAAAACAAUAAAAAGUUGUUUCUGUGCAAAUGUUUGUUAAUUUGAUGAUGCACUAAAUAUCUUUUCUUAAACUACCAAAAUAAAAUGUGUUGACAAAG